CGACAAGUUCACGCGAGCACGCGCGACACAAGGGAAAAAAAAAAACCUUUUCUGUCGAAGCUCCUAGAGAGACUUUUUCCUCCCAACCCCCCAUUUCCUUUGGUCGUAGCGGAAGUUGCUCUGUAAGCCGAGGCCUCGCACAUCCAAUGGCGACUGAAAACUGGCUGAACGGAAAGCGGGAGCGAUCACGAAGUGGACCCAAACCGUGAAGUCAAAAUUAAAUAAAUAUAUCAGCGGAUAACAGGACACAGAAAUAAGUUUCAAGAGUAGUACGUCAGCUUAGUUAUGGCUGACAGAAUGGACAAAAGAGGGAGUAUUUCGCUCCUGGAAUCGGAGCUUUAUUAUCUCAUUUCUCGUUUUUUAACAACCGGUCCUUGUCGGAGAGCGGCCGAGGUUCUCGUAAGUGAAAUGGAGGAACACCAGCUCCUUCCCCAUAGAGUGGACUGGGAAGGCAAUGAACAUCCCCGAUCGUAUGAAGACCUGAUUGCAGCCAACAAGCAUAUUGCACCAGACCACUUGCUGCAGAUAUGUAAGCAGAUUGGACCGAUCCUCAACAAACAAGUGCCGUCUGGUUUGCCUGGGGUGCAUUCUCUACUGGGAACAGGGAGACAUUCCUUACUUCGGACAGCAAAAGAUUGUGGCCAUAGCCGAUGGAAAAGCUCGACUUUUGCUGCGCUUCACAGAGGAAGACCACCAGAGAGGCCUUUGAGCUGCAGGGAUGCCCCAAAUCUGGUGGAGGUGUGCAGAGGAAGAGAGUUGACAGGCACUCAGCGUUUCAGCUUUGUCCAUCCUGUCAGUGUAUAUCAAAACAUCAAAAUGCACAGGAGGAUUCUGGGACAUCUCUCGGCCGUUUACUGCAUCGCCUUUGACCGAACAGGUUCCCGGAUUUUCACGGGUUCUGACGAUGCCUUGGUAAAAAUCUGGUCCUCUUUUGAUGGGAGGCUUCACUCCACUCUGCGGGGACAUCAUGCUGAGAUCUCUGACCUUGCUGUCAACAUGGAGAACACCCUCAUUGCAGCGGGUAGUUGCGACAAAACCAUCCGUGUCUGGUGCCUUCGUACCUGUGCCCCAGUAGCAGUGCUGCAGGGUCACAGUGGAUCUAUUACCUCUUUACAGUUUUCUCCAUUUGCCAAGGGCUUCAAAAGGUUCAUGGUCUCUACAGGAACUGAUGCAACUGUCUGCUUCUGGCAGUGGGAUGUAAAAAACACCAAUUUCACUGAUCGUCCGCUGAAAUUCACAGAAAGACCAAGACCUGGUGUUCAGAUGGUGUGCUCCUCGUUCAGCCCAGGAGGCAUGUUCCUAGCCACAGGGAGCACUGAUGAUGUUAUCAGGAUAUACUACAUGGGCAGUGGCAGUCCGGAAAAAAUAGCAGAGCUUAAUUCACACACGGACAAAGUUGACAGCAUCCAGUUCUGCAACACAGGAGAGAGGUUUGUAAGUGGCAGCCGUGAUGGUACUGCUCGCAUCUGGAAGCUGCAUCAGAGACAUCAGUGGAGAAGCAUUUUACUGGAGAUGUCUGCCACUUUACCAGGAACUGUGCCUGCGGAAGAAGAGGGUUUCUUUAAACCCAAGGUCACCAUGGUGUCGUGGGAUCGACAUGACAAUACCGUUAUCACAGCUGUCAACAAUCAUCUCCUCAAAGUGUGGAACUCCUACACAGGGCAGCUUUUACAUGUGUUGAAGGGUCAUGAGGCAGAGGUGUUUGUGCUGGAACCACACCCAUAUGAUCCCCGUGUCAUGCUGUCUGCAGGUCAUGAUGGCAACAUUUUCAUAUGGGACCUUAUAAGAGGCACAAAGACUCAUCACUACUUCAACAUGAUUGAAGGUCAGGGACAUGGUGCUGUUUUUGACUGCAAGUUCACCCCUGAUGGUCAUCGUUUUGCCUGUACAGACUCUCAUGGUCACCUGGUCAUUUUUGGUUUUGGAAGUUCCAAGCCAUAUGAAAAGCUUCCAGAGCAGGUGUUUUUCCACACUGACUACCGUCCAUUGAUCCGGGAUUCCAACGGGUAUGUACUGGAUGAGCAGACACAACAGGCACCUCACCUAAUGCCCCCACCCUUUCUUGUGGAUGUCGACGGGAAUCCUCAUCCUCCCAGAUAUCAGAGACUUGUGCCAGGGAGGGAGAAUUUCACAGAUGAGCACCUGGUUCCUCAACUUGGAUAUGUUGCCACAAGUGAUGGGGAGGUGGUGGAGCAGGUGAUCAGCCAACAGCCAGCUGAGAGUGAGGACCAUCAGGCACGCCGUAGUCUCUUAGAUGAUGCCAUACGUCAGCUUCAGGAACAACAGGACCAGAAUGCUCGGAGGCAGCAGGGCACUCCAAGAAGAGUGUCUUUGGGAGAGCGGAUGGAGGUGCAGUCUCCACCUAAUGUGGGGCUCAGACGCAGCGGGCAAGUGGAGGGAGUGCGUCAGAUGCAUCAAAAUGCACCACGCAGCCAGAUGGCCACGGAAAGGGACUUGCAGGCAUGGCGGCGCAGGGUGGUGGUGCCUGAACUUACUGUCAGUGCAUUUGAGGAUCAGGAGUCAUUCAGAAUCGCUAAGGGAGAGGAAGAAAUUCUCCUUUAUAAUGCCAAGAAGCGCCGAAUUGCACAUGGCACCUUUCGGGAUGACUCUGAUGAUGAAGCAGUGUGCACCAAGCGUGCACAGCCACGCAAACGGCACCGCAAUUUGGAGAGUAACGUUGAGAGUCUGAUUGAGUUUUCCUGUGAGGAAGGAGAGGAGACUGCUUCUUCUGAGGAGAAUGAAAUUGACGCUAGCGAAGUAGACUCAUCAAAUGAAGAGGAAGAAGAGGAGUGGAAUAGUGACAGCUCAAGUCAUUCUUCCAGCGAGCAUUCUGAUUGGACAGCUGAUGCUGGAAUCACUGCGCAGGCGGCUAUGUCCUCCCGAAGACGUGCUCGUAGGCAGAUUAGCAGUUCUGAUGAUGAUGAUAAUGAGGCGGAGGAUGAGGAGGAGGAGGAAGAGGAGGAGCAGGAAGAAGACAAAGCUGCAGAAGAUGAGCAAACUGAACAAACACAGGAUGAGGAUGCGCAGUCCUCUUCACCUGAAAAAUCGAAGAAAAAAGUUAAAAGCAAAACACCAAAGUCUCCAAAACCCAGGCUGUCUCUGAAUAGAGAAGUGUCCAAUGAGUUUCGUCCCUCUACCUGGAUUACUGAUGUCAUUCCACGAAAGUCUCCGUUUGUUCCACAAUUAGGAGAUGAGGUGAUUUACUUCCGUCAGGGGCAUGAGGCCUAUGUGGAUGCAGUGUGCAGGAGUAAUUUGUACCCCAUCAACCUGGACAAACAGCCAUGGCGGAAAAUGGCUUUGAGAGACCAAGAGUUUGUUAAAAUAACUGCAAUCAAGUAUGAGGUGUGUCCUCCCACACUUUGUUGCUUGAAACUGACUCAGAUUGACACUGGAACAGGCAAAAUAACAAACAAAUCAUUUUCUGUGAAGUAUCAUGAUAUGCCUGAUGUGAUUGACUUCCUUGUGCUCCGGCAGAACUAUGAUGAAGCAUGCAGCAGGAUCUGGAGACCAAACAAUCAUUUUCGCUCAGUAAUUGAUGAUGCUUGGUGGUUUGGGACCAUAGUCUGUCAGGAGCCAUAUCAGCCUGAGUAUCCUGACAGCCAUUUCCAGUGUUUCAAAGUCAAGUGGGACAAUGGAGAAACUGAAAAGAUAAGUCCAUGGGACAUUGAAGCUAUUCCAGAGAAUGCUCAGCGUCCAGAGGCAGAGGGUGGAUGUGUGCCAGUCACAGAUGAGGAAAGAGCGGAGUUUUUGUACAAACCACAGGAGGAUGAGUGGGGUGGGAGAAGUCGAGAAGAAGAGUGCGCCCGCAUCAUUGCUGGCAUUGACCAUCUCAUCACAAUAGAUAUUGCUGCACCCUUCUCUGGCCCAGUGGAUCUAAGUCAAUAUCCGACUUACUGUACUGUAAUCGCCUACCCUACGGACCUCGGCUCCAUCCGCAUGAGGCUGAAACACAACUUCUAUAGGAGAUUAUCUGCAUUAAUUUGGGACACAAAGUACAUUUAUUUCAAUGCAAGGACCUUUAAUGAACCACGAAGCAAGAUUGCACAAUCAGCAAAAUUUAUAACAGAUGUUCUUUUAAAGUUCAUUAGCAAACCACAUUAUAUUGAUAUUAUGGAGAUUUACAAUGCUGUUGAGAACAUGGAGUGCACAGAGGAUGAGGAUAUAGAAGAUGUGGAUGCACCAGGCACAUCCACUGGGAGAAGGGCUCAUCAGCAGAUAGAGCUGGUACAGGACACGGACGCAUGGAAGGAUGCAUGCAAACAGCUGCUGGAUUAUAUGUUUGAGUGUGAGGACUCCGAGCCUUUCCGUCAGCCUGUGGAUCAGAAUGAGUAUCAGGACUAUUUAGAAAUCAUCGACACCCCCAUGGAUCUGGAGACUGUUCGACAAACCCUGGAAGAAGACCGCUAUGAAAACCCUACUGAACUAUGCAAAGACUCGAGGCUCAUUUUUGCAAAUGCUAAAGCCUACACACCAAACAAACGCUCAAAGAUUUACAGUAUGACUCUGCGUCUAUCUGCAUUCUUUGAGGAACGCAUUCGUAAAAUCAUCUCUGACCACAAGACUGCAGUUAAAAGUAGUUUAAAGUUGAGACGUAGUCAGAGGUUUAAAAAGAGAACUCAGCAGGAGGAACCCAUUUUACCUCCUCCCAGGGGUGAAUCCACUAGUCAGAAGAGGGCCUCAAUUAAAACUCAGGAAAAAGUGGAAUCACUUACAACCAAAUCUACCUCGGCUAAGGCCUCUACAGCGAUGCGCCAUCGCAAUAAGAAGCGAAGGCGUCUCAGUUCUACCUACACAUCAGUUGAGGACUCCAAUAAGAGCGCCUCAUCUCUGUCAGAAUCGGAAAAUGACAGUGAAGUCUCGUUGAGUGAAUCAAAAGAAGAAUUCCCUUCUUCGCAGCCAUUUAGACGUGAGACAAGAGCAGCACGGAGAGCCAUGCAGAAGAAAGAGGCGAAGAGACAGAAUGUCACUAAAACUGGAAGUGAGAUUGACUGCUCGACUUAUGAUGAUGAUGAUGAUGAUGAUGACGAUGAUGAGUAUUCUGGGAAGUCCAGCUCAUUAAAACGACUACAGUCAAACAGAAAUAAAAGCAGGAACACCCGAAUCACACGAAACUCAGAGAAAAGAAAGCCAGAAGGUAGUAAUCAGGUGAACGGGAUCAUCAGCAGAUCCUCCCGUGCAGAGCGCAGAAGAGUUCGAGACAGCAGUGGCUCUGACCUAGAUUGUUCUGAAGAUGAGGAGAAUGUGGAAAACACGGAUAUCUCAGACCAUAGUCGCCAGCCCAGGAAAACUGCUGUGGCUGCAGUCAGUAAGAUGAAGCUGAUUGAGGCAUCUGAGGAGGAAGAUACUUCAGAGCAUAGGGCUCAUGCCAGGAUGAUCAAACGUGCUGCAGUUUUCCAAAGCAGCUCAGAGUCUGAGGAGCACGAUCAGCAGGAGUCGAAUGAAAGUGAAGACUGUAAGGAGAAAAGUGAAGCCAGUCCUGACAGUGACUCAUCGUUUUCGCAUCGGAAUGGAGAGACUAAAAGUGUCAACCAUAGAUCUUCUAGGAGGAGAGUGGUAAAAAAAGAUGAUUCUCCUCAUGUCAAUGGGCACAGAAAACACAGCCACGAAGAGAGUGAUGACAACAGCAAUGAGGAAGAAAGUGAGAAUGAAACUUCAGAUGAAGAGGAGGAUUCCAUUUGUAGGCGAAAGCUCAUCAGGAAAACUGCAAGACUUGCAGUGUGUAAAAUAAAACAAAUUAAUAAAAGUGACGAGGAGGAAGAGAAUCACAUUCGAACCAGACGAUGGAGGAAUCCUACAAGCAAUCCAAAUACCUCAAAAGCGUCUGAUGAGGAUAUGAUUAUUCCAAGGGCUGAGAGACACCCUCAUCAAAAUGGAAGAAAAUUAGACACACAGAAGCUUAAAUACUUUGAGAAAUCAAACAAUAUGAUGUCAAAAAGCCAAGAAGUUGUAACUGCCUCAAAAGCUCGUACAGCUCCUGGAGUGAUAGCAUUAAAGUCAGGUGUGAAGGAGUCCAGUGCUUCAAGGAGAAAAAUUAGAUCUGAAGGUGAAGAGGAAAAAAAUGAGAGCAGUAGUGGAGAGGAGAAAAUCACAAACAAAAAAACCUCCUUGGCAAGAAAGAACAAAUCAAGAAGACCAGCCAAGUCACCGAGUUUGGAUGCUGACUCUAACACUUCCGACUCUGAGAAUGAAAUGCUUUCAAAUCAGAGGCGUAAGAAAAAAGAGGCUGAUUCUUCUGAAGAGUGGCGACAAAGCGAUGAAUCUGAAAACAAUAGUAAAUCAUUUUCCAGAAGACCUACUGUAAGAGCCCGCCCAAAAAAGAAAUGCAUAACCGACUCUGAGGAGGAUGUGGACUCUGUUGUAGCAAAGCAAUCAUGGAAUGGGAAGAAAACUUCUGAAUCGGUGAAAUGCGGCACCAAUCGUCGCCCAAAAUCGUCAGGAGGAUCAAAAAGGAAACACAUUAGCACUUCGGAAUCAGAUGACAAAGAACAAAAUGGUAACGCCAGUAGUGAAAGUGAGUGUGGCAGACCCUCAGGGAGAACAGGAAAGCGGUUUAAGAAACCUUCAGAAUCUGAGAGUGAUUCUGGAAGUGCGGAGAAAACUGUGAACGGUUCUUUAAAAAGGCACCAGUCUGAGGAUGAAAACUCUGGAGGUACUGGUCAACAAGGCAAAUUGCAGUCUGGAAAACGGAAACACAGUGAGUGUUACAGCAGUGUUGGCAACAUUGACUCCGAGAGCCAGGAGGAGUCCAGCAAUGAAUCACAGAUCUCCAGCUCAGGAUCACAAAGUAGUCCAAAAACAUAUGCCAAGGAAAGAUUGAGGGGUCGAAAACGAGGAACUGCACAUCACAAACCGUCUACUUCUGAUAUUGACAGUGACAAUUCCUAUGGAAAACCUCCACGAGCCACACGCAUUCGGACACGGAAUCUCGGCAAACGGACUGUAAACUACAGAGACAGCGAGUGACUGAGUUGGCUGUGUAUAGAGACACUAACUGGAGACCUUGAAGACAUUUGAUUGUCCCAAAAAAAGUAGUAGCACUGGAGUCCUCUACAUACUGUGAAUCAACUUCAGGGAUAUUUAUAGUUUUUGUUGGGGGUGGGGGGUUGUGUAUAAAUUUGAGAUUUGAGCUACUGGUUUGGCUGCCCCUUUCUGUUGUGAUUUGGCCACCAAGAAUGAUUACAGGUGCAUUGUCUGUCUGGGUGCUAUCUUAAUAUACCUCCUGCUUAAUUGAGCAUAUUUUUGCUGGCUUGCACUAAAUGGCACACUGUACUGAGGUAUCUCAUACACUAGUUCUGUUAGAAACUCAGGGGUCAACUUCAUUUACCGUUUUCAGACUUUUAGGGUUGUUCUCCCCCACCCAACCCUUCUGGGGUUUUCUCCAUUAAGAAUAAUUGUGUUGAAAUUUCUUCCAUUUGACACUUGUUUAUUUUUUUAAAGCCACAUGAAUCUUAUUGUAUUUGUUAAGGAAUUAUUGAGCCAAUGUGUACAAAGUUUCUUUUUUUCCCCAUUUCAUUUAGGGUGUGUGUGUAUAUAUGUUAUGUGCAUUUCUUUUUUUUUUUUUUUUUUUUUUUUUUUGCAUCUUUCCAGAGUUUUUGAAGAAUCAGUUUGUAGCUAAGCUUUGCAUAUUUAAAAUGGUCAAGCAUUAUUUUGUAUUAAAUUCAAAUUCAUUGUCUUGCCAUAUAGUAUAAAUUUGGUACAUGUUUGCAAAGUACAUGAAAUCAGUACUUGCUGCGAAAUACAGUGAUUUCUCAUAUUGGGAAGAUGUUUCAGUCACCUGUUAUAUACUUUUCAGUAUUAAUUCGUUUUCUGACUUAACUUAUGAAUGGUAAAUAACUUUUGUAUCCACUGCGUUUGAAUUUAAUAUUGUUGGAGGAGAAAUACACCCAAACUGACAUUAUUUCUUAAUGUCUUUUGCAAAAAGCCAACUCUUUAAUUCAAGUUUUGCAGAUGUUUAGUCUAAGGGAACAUGGAUGGAGUUAUAGGUAAAAGCAUUUGAUGAAUAAACUGGCCUGCUGUUUAAUGGCAAAACUGA